UCUUCCUCGCUGUCCAGGAUUGUGGACAAUUUGUUGUUGAGUUAAUGUUUGAUGCGCUAACUUAGACAGAGAGAGUAACUUGCAUUCGCUUUUUCUUUUUACCAAAGCAGCUUUCUCCGCAUCUCCACUGUUGGAUCUUGGCUGAAGUUUUCCCACCUGUCCGGCCUCCUCCUCCUCCUCUUCCUCACACAACACCAGUGUGUCUGGAUCAGCUUCACACCUACCAGGCUUUAGCAGAGUUUUCUAACACAGUUUUUUUUGUUAGAGUUUUAAGAUCAUCAUGGGUAGCAUGUCGGAUGUGUUUAGGUGGAUGUGGUACCACAGAAACUACAUCAUCAUCUUCAUCACGCCACUCGCCUUUCUUCCUCUGCCUCUGUGCGUUCCCACCUCGUAUUCACAGGAAGCAAAAUGUGGCUAUGUGAUCAUCCUGAUGGCUUUGUAUUGGUGCACGGAGUGCAUGCCUCUGGCUGUGACCGCUCUUCUCCCUGUCGUCCUGUUCCCAAUGAUGGGCAUCAUGAAGGCUGGAGAUGUCAGUAUUGAGUAUUUGAAAGACUCCAACAUGCUGUUUGUGGGCGGUCUCUUGGUGGCCAUCGCAGUGGAGCACUGGAACCUUCAUAAACGCAUCGCUCUCCGUGUUCUUCUCCUGGUUGGUGUUCGUCCAGCCCUGUUGAUGAUGGGAUUCAUGAUUGUGUCGGCCUUCCUGUCCAUGUGGAUCAGCAACACGGCCACCACAGCCAUGAUGCUGCCCAUCUCUCAGGCUGUGCUGCAGCAGCUGCAGGCGACGGAGACACGGGCAGAAGAACGAGACCUCCAGAGCGCAGCAGAAGAUAACCUCGGGUUUGAGAUGGAGAGCAGAAAAAUCAAGGAGGGAAUCCCAGAUGAGAAAAACACAGACACAAAGCUGCAGCAGGAGAAUGGAAUAGUUUUGCCUCAAGUGACUCCAGAGUCCAUGAACGAGAACAGGAGGAACGAAACAGAGGAAAAGUACAGCCGCCUGACUAAAGGAAUGAGCCUGAGUGUGUGCUACUCUGCGAGCAUCGGUGGCACUGCUACCCUGACGGGCACCACUCCCAACCUCAUUCUCAAGGGUCAAAUAGACAAGCUCUUCCCUGGGAAUGGGGAUGUGAUCAACUUUGCCAGCUGGUUUGGCUUUGCGUUUCCCAACAUGGUGCUCAUGCUGGCAAUCUCCUGGCUCUGGCUUCAGUUCCUGUUUCUUGGCUUCAACCUGAAGAAGUCUUUUGGUUGUGGCAUGAAAAGUGACAGAGAUAAAGAGGCGUAUGCAGUGAUGAAAGAGGAGUACAAGAAGCUGGGCGGCAUGAAGUUUGCUGAAGGAGCAGUACUCACCAUCUUCAUUUUGCUUGUGCUGCUGUGGUUCACCAGAGAGCCAGGCUUCAUACCUGGCUGGGCCACAGUUCUCUUCAACAAAGAGGAUUCGUUUGUGUCAGAUGGAACAGUGGCCAUCUUUAUGUCAAUGCUCUUCUUUGUCAUCCCGUCUCGGCUGCCCUCAUGUGGCAGCUAUGGUUUCACCGAGGCAGGUAAAAGGAUUAAGGCUCCUCCAACUCUGCUGACCUGGCAGGUGGUCCAUGAGAGGAUGCCCUGGAACAUCAUCCUGCUGCUGGGAGGAGGAUUCGCUCUGGCUGCCGGCAGUGAGAUUUCAGGUUUGUCUAAAUGGCUUGGAGAUAGUCUGGCUCCCCUGCAGAAAAUCCCCCCGUUUGCCAUCUCCAUUCUGCUCAGUCUGCUGGUGGCAACAUUCACCGAAUGCUCCAGCAACACAGCAACCACCACCCUGUUCCUGCCCAUUCUUGCUUCAAUGGCCUCAGCUAUCCAGUUGCACCCGCUUUACGUGAUGCUGCCUUGCACCAUCGCUGCCUCUCUUGCUUUCAUGCUGCCUGUUGCCACACCACCCAACGCCAUCGCCUUCUCGUUUGGAAACCUCAAGGUUAUUGACAUGGUGAAAGCUGGAUUCAUACUGAACAUCAUUGGGAUCCUCUGCAUAAAUUUGGGCAUCAACACCUGGGGAUACGUCAUGUUUGACAUGGACACGUUUCCUCAGUGGGCCAAUAAUACCCACAGUAAACCCUGAGUGGAAGCACUGCCUGUAAUGCCUUGUAAAGUAUUUCUAUAUCUGCUAGCACAUCAUGAAGUGGGGUCUGAUCAGAGCUGAGUAAAUUUGAUAACUUAUUUUAUGUAUAAGUUUUGAUGCAUAAAAGACAUUACUCAGGUUUAUCCUGAGUCCCAUCCACUGACCAGUAAGAAAAGCUUUUAAAAAGAAACAGCUGGGGCGCUGUGGUGGCGCAGGGGCAAAGCAUGACCCACGUUGAGGCCUUAGUCCUUGUAGCAGUGGUCGUAGGUUCGAUUCCCGGCCUGGCGACAUUUGCCGCAUGUCUUCCCCCUCUCUGAUUACCCUGUUUCCUGUCAAACUACUUUCAAAUAAAGGCCACUAGAGCCAACAAAAUCUUUAAUAAAAAAAAAAGAAACAACUGUCAUGCAAAAUUAAAAACGUCAAUUUGUCCAAAUUUGUAAAACUUAAAGGUUUCUAUUCCACCAGAGAUGAUAAAAAAUAGACUUUAUUUAAACAAAUACAUAUCAUAGAUGUACAAUACAGACUAUUGUAUGAUUAUUUAAUUAUGAUAUAGUGUAGACAUUUUUAUACAGCAGCUUGAUGAAGUAUAAAGAAAAAACUUUAAUCCAUGCAAUUUUUAUCUUUAAUUUUUUUUACCUUGUUUAACGGUACAUUGUUAAACCCGUUUUUAUUACUUCCUGAUGUCAAGCUCAGAGCAGAAAAAAACUGGAGGUUUUUUCCUUGUACAAAUUUUUCUGAAAGUGUCUUCACCUCAUUAUUAAUCUCAUUUACAAUUGUUGCACAUAUCUUUCAGUGAUUUUAUUUUUAUCCUGUUACUCUAACAGUCUUACAUAGAAAAUUGAAAUAAAUGUAAAUUAUCUUUAUGUGUUAAUUUAAUUUAUUGCUGAAAGUUUAAUUACAAUAAGUUGUAACUUUUGGUUGCAUUUUUGGUUGUGUUGUGUUUUUUUGUUGUACUGUUUUUAUCACAAGCACAGAAUAAGACUUUUUCAUUGUUUACAUACUGUACUUUAUUUUUUAAAUCUAAUUUUUAAAAGAUGCACCAUUUAGCUGCUGAGCAAGUGAAAAAAACAAGCUUGUUCAUUCAAACUCAAAUUGUCAGGAUGAAAUAAUUUUGUCUUAAUAAAAUGAUAUUAAAAUA